ACAAAAGUAGGCCAAUACGGAAGUUGGAAUUGCGGAGAAGAUGCAUGCGGACAAGUCAUCCACCAGUCCAAAUUCCAACGGUAGAAAAUUACGCGAUCGCCGCCCUCUACCAUUUCUUCAGAUCAUCUUUAUGCAACCCUUGCAUUCUCCAUCUCAAUACCCUCAAAUUGCUCGCUCCCGAAUCAUUAACCGAGGGCGAUCUAAUUUAUAUCCUCUGCCAAUCCUUCCAUUCAAUCUACAGGCACACUGUGGGCUAGAUAUCGUCGACCAAAGAUGCUGUCGCGGGUGUUCAGCAAACCCAAGCCGGAACCCAAAGCCAAUGCUCUCACAAGCUUAGACAAGUUGAACGAGACACUUGAAAUGCUGGAGAAGAAAGAGAAAGUUCUUGUAAAGAAAGCUUCUGCAGAGGUUGAGAAGGCUAGGGAAUUUACAAUAUCGAAGAACAAAAAGGCUGCUAUAAAAUGUUUAAAAAGGAAGAGGCUAUACGAGCAGCAAAUUGAGCAGCUUGGAAAUUUCCAGUUGCGUGUUCAUGAUCAGAUGAUUUUGCUGGAAGGAGCAAAGGCCACAACUGAGACUGUUGAUGCUUUGAGAACUGGAGCAGCUGCUAUGAAGGCCUUGCACAAAGCAGUAAACGUUGACGACGUGGACAAGACAAUGGAUGAGAUUAAUGAGCAAACUGAGAGCUUGAAACAGAUUCAGGAAGCAUUGUCAGCUCCCAUGGGUUCAGCAGCUGAUUUUGAUGAAGAUGAAUUGGAAGCAGAGCUCGAGGAACUAGAAGGAGCUGAGUUAGAAGAACAGCUUCUUCAGCCAGCUUCUACUGCCCCUGCUGCUUCAGCUCAUGUUCCAGCUGGUGGGCAGACAACCCAUCCAGCUCCACAGAAGACCACACCAGAGGAAGAUGAGCUUGCUGCUUUACAAGCAGAGAUGGCUCUAUAAACAGGGUUUCCUUUUGAAGAAACACUGCAAAAUAACCUUGUUACACAAAUUGCUAAUUACUAUUGAAGGCAAUCUAUCACCCUUGUAUAACCACUAGUACAUCUCUUUGUAAAUUAUUUAAGCCUUUAUCCAACUUCAGGCAUUUUGCCUGGUUACCAAACUCUUUUUGCUGUUAUUUAGGUUGUAAAUAGAAAUUCAAGAGAAUAUACAGCUUGAAGUAAAGGGAAGCAGGAACAGUCCAUAGAGAUUGCAGACAGCUGUGUGGAAGCUAAUGGUGCAGCUGUUUGCAACUUGCAGAUUCACUGUUUCAUUCACUGACUUGCAGUA